AUGGCAACCGGGAUCCCCCAGUCGUUUGCCAUGGCUAUUGACGAGGGGUCCAAAGAUGAUCCAAAGACUACAACGACCCCAACUCUGACCGGCGCAGAGACGAGAGACGGAAAUCACACUCAGAGGGUUGGCGCGUCUUCAUAUGCGAACGCAGUUAUUGGAACAACGGCGAAAGCCAUUACAGCUACGCACCGGCAGGUCUGGGUACCGGUCGAUGAUCACGAUUUGAUUCCCGGAGACUUCAAUGGGGAACCGGCUUUGAGGGUUUCCACAGGGUUCAAAAGUAAACUUUGUGAACCAUGGCAGAAAACCCUUAGAAUGAACAGGAUAAAGGCUCUUACGGAUGGACCGUGGGUGAUUUUUUAUCAUUAUAUCGCGGUUAAACAAUGGACGCCAAAGUUCAGAGUCUCCGAUCCUCUGCCAAGGAAGAUGAUUGUUUGGGUUCAACUUCCGGCUCUUCAAGUGCAUUUCUACAAUAGGGAAGUCUUGAUCUUGAUUGAGAACUUGAUUGGUCGUACAAUCAAAUUAGAUUACCACACUCUAAAUCAACAGCGUGCAAAGUUUGCCCGUCUGGCAGUCGAAGUAGACCUUUCCAAGCCACUCAUUCCAAGAAUUUACUUAGAUGAUGAAUGGCAGCGCAUUGAGUAUGAGAAUCUGUCGGUGGUUUGUUUUGACUGUGGAAAAAUCGGACAUGCCUCUUUGACAUGCCCAAAAUAUGUCGUCGUGGUUCAAUACCCCCAAGUUGUCAUCACCGGUGAGACCUCGCAGGAUUUUGGAUGCCCGACGCCGACGUCGACGCCUGAGUCAAUGGCAGGUUUUGGCCCUUGGAUGCUUGUUACCAAAAAAUCCAAGCGGAACUCAAGGGGCAACGUCGGGAAAGUUAAGGAAGAAUUUGUGCCUGGAAGA